AAACUGUGUUUCUACUUUCUAGACACCGUGGUUACCGUUUUCGUGAUCAUACAACGUAGCAGAAACAACAAUAACAACCUCUUUGAAACAAACACAAUGAACACAAUUCUCCUAAGAAACAUCUCAUACCACGCACGCCGUAUUCGUCUCUCUUAUCCCUACAAAUCUUCACCUUCCAUUCUCUCUCUUUCCCAACCCACCUCGUUCUUCUCUUCUCGCAGUGAUACUGACCCACCUCCUUAUAUCCCAAGUACCCAUGACAACAAACAGCAAAAACCACUAGAUAUAGAAGAAAUAAGCAACGAAGAAUUGAAGAGGCGUGUUGCUAGGCUUAAGGAAGGUGAUGAUGACGCGAUUCCAGCUGUGUUUGAGGCAGUAUUGCAAAGAUAUUUGACAGGGAAACCUAUAGAUGCUGACCAAGAUUUGAUGAGGGAGAUUCUAGGGAAGGGGACAGUGGCAAAAGAUGACGAUGAGGAAGACGAAGAUGAGUUCGAUUCUGAUUCUGAUUUGGAGGGAACGAGUGAAACUGAUUUUGAAGAGGAAGAAGAUUUAAAUCUAGGUGUUAAAUCAAAGAUUGGAGCCAAUGAAGGAAAGACUAAGGUGAAGUGAUGAAAGAACGAACGAACUUGCAUCUGCCAAAUGUAUUUGUAGCAUAGAUUAAAGAAACCUAUUAUAUUGUCUAGAGUUGAAUAAGUAUGGAAGCAAGUCAAUGUGAUUGCUUUGCAAGUCAUCUCGUUAGUGUUCGCUUGAUCGAAAUUAAACUGUUAGUUAA